GGCACCAGCGGACCCCGCGAGGUGCGGGACGAUGCCGGCACCGGCGGGCCCCGCUCUCCCAUCCCGGGCCGCAGUUAUGCCUGUGAGCUCUAUCCCAGAUCCCACAUUAUUCUCCUGGGAUGUCAGGCAGAUCUUACUUCAAAAGACAGCUGAAAAAGAAGAUGAACUGAAAAAAGCAUUUCAGAUGCUUGAUGUUGGUCAGACUCUGACAGUCACAAAGGGUGAAUUCAGGAGAGUGAUUGAAACCUUUCUCUUCCGUCUAACAGAAGCCGAAUUUGAUACUGUGCUGGCAGAGGACUUAUCCACGUAUAUUGAAAUACAGACCCCAAAUAUUGGCAAAGUUACUGUGCCAUAUCUCGACUUCCUGUCAAAGUUCACUAAAACUGCCAGAAGUACCAGCAUGCUCAAACGGUUGAACAGGCACAGUCACCAAACAAUAACAUUAAGUCAGCUGGAAUCCCUGCUCAAGGAGAAAUCUUCACCAGCAAAACUUUUCCUACAGCCUUCACCAGCUGGAUGCGUUGUGACAGAGUGCAGCCUGGAGAGCACUAAGAGGGCAUUUAGAGAAAAGCUGUGUUCAGCCUAUCAGGACAUUGAAAAAGCCUUCAGAGCAAUUGAUGUCAGUCAGAGUGGAUUUGUGUCUUUGGAUUACUUUAAGUCAGUCAUAAAUGGCUUUAUAUUUCCUUUGCCAAAUGAAACUUUUCAAGAGCUAAUGAAUAGAGUAAAUCCAGCUAGAGGAGAUGAAGCUUUCUCCAGCGACACUGUUCUUCAGAAGCUGCGCAGAUGCAUCCAAGAUGUUUAUCCCUUUUUAAAGCAGGCAUUCCUUACGCUUGAUGAAGUUUCACGGCCAAACCUGGCUCUGCGUUCCCUCUCCACGCUCUUCCUCCUGCUUGGGACUGUCUCUGGGCCCAAGUGGUUUGCCUCCUUUCAUUGCCUACCGCAGUCUAUCGUCAAGUGUGGUAGCUCCCAGAAAAGAGAUGGAAAGACCACAAGAAAUGACCUUUGUCACAUUUUACGUAACUUGGUAUUUCAAAUGAAAGGUAAAGACUUCCAGGAGUUAAUUGAGAUAAUUGAUCCAGAACAGAGUGGAUACCUUAACUACCAUGAAUUUUUAGACUUGUCUGAAGAAAAACAAUCAGUAUGUACUGGCAUUAUUAACAGAAGUCCUAAGAAAGUCCUACAGCUGUGUUGUCCCUCUUUGUCAGAUCAACAAUUUAUGAAGGUCAUUCAUGGCAAGGCCUACGUUGAUAGGCAGCAGAAUGUAAUAAUCAGUGGGAUGGGGCAGGUGUUGGGAGAUCAUGGCAUGCCAAUGGAUGACAGUCAAUUUAAUCUACUAACAGAAAAGUUAGGGUUACCAGAUGGAGGGUUGAGUUAUCUGGAUUUUGUGGCAACACUGGCAGAUGCCAGAUUGAAUGGGCCGGGAGCUACAUUAUGUAACAGUCCAAACCACAGAGUAAAUGAUGCUAAAUAUCACUACAUGACUGCUGAAGAGUGUCUCAAUCAACUUAAUGAUAAGCUGAUGGAAGUCUAUGAGAUAAACACAUUGAGCCAUGGUUUGCUUUGGCACUUGGACACACCUAGCAAAGCUCAUCAUAUUGAUCAUAAUUACUUCAGAUUUCUGAAGAACUGCACCAUUUUAAAGGUGUUUGAACAUUUUGCAUCUAUUUUAAUGGGAGAAGCUGGUAGAACAAUUGCUGACACCUAUUCUGUCUUCCAUGAAACAGACAGUAAUCAUGACAGUAUCAUCAACUUGCUUGACUUUUGGCAAUUCUUGGACAGCUUUCUGCUUCAUCUUAGAGAUGAGGAAUUCCUGCGCCUGCUUGGUUUGUUGGGAAUGAACGUGACCUCCAGGUUAAAUUACCAAGUAUUCUGUCAACGGUUCCACACCCAAGAAACUAAGGAGGUACCUCCUCAGCUCGUGCCAUCUCACAAAAAAAACCAGAUGAUAACGGAUGCAGAGCUAGCUUGUGAUCACGCUCAUUACUACCUUGUUAUCAAAGCAAGAACCAGAUGGCAUGACCUAGCAAGGAAUUUUCAGGAAUUUGACAGUGAAGGAAAUGGCAUUAAACAGCCAAGGGACUUGAAGAAAGUCUUGUUCAGAUUUGGCAUUCCAAUCACCCUGAAAGAAUUUAAGCAGCUUUGGGCAAGGUAUGAUGCAGAUGCAAAAGGAUAUCUUACUCACCAAGAAUUUUUACAGAAACCGGGGAUAGAGUUUGCACCCACUGACACAGGGCUCAGCAGACACAUCAUGGAAGACAUCUAUGCACAUUUACAAGCACAUUAUAAUAAUCAACAAAAGAAGCAUUCAAAGCUGGAAGAGCAGCAGAAACGGCAAACUAAAGCUCUGCAUGUGAGAGAAAUUAAAAAGCAGAUCAAAUUUAUGGCAGCAUCUAUACUGACAAAUCAGAAUGUCCAGAAACAUUCCCAGACUCAGUCAUCUAUGCUACUGGACUGCCAAAACGGUCCUCGUCAUGCUUUGGCCUGUGUCAGUUUUCUCCGAUCAGUCCCAGCACUGUUUGGGAGCAAGAAUGCUUCAAGGACCAUUCCUAACAGGGAUAAAUUUAGGGAUUACUUCCAAGAUUUCAAUAAGGCCUUUCAUAAAGCGGGUAAAAAUAGAGAUGGCUAUGUAACAGUAUGUGACCUGCACAGGAUACUACAAGAACUCAACCUUAAUCACGAUCAGUUCAGCAGUCCUCUAAACAGUGUCUGUGAUCUAGCAGAUGUUUCGGCUGACAGACAGAAAUUCGGCACAUUGCGGGUGCAGCCUGCAGAGCCCAUGGGCUGGGCCACAAGUCAUCCGCAGGGAAGCCCUCACGGGACACAGCGUGCCGCGAGUCAACGGCACGGACCAGCCCUCCGUGGACGCACCGAAGGAGGGAGGGCCAGUGCCUGCCACAGUGAGGCUGAGUCCUGCCAAGAACGGAAUUGUAAUGAUCGCGACAUAUUGGGAGGCUUAAGCAGCACUUCAGCAUCUGUGAGGCAAAGGUAUUUUUGUAAAGCAGAAAGUCGAGGGAACGUACCAGCACCUAGCACAAUGAACAUCUACUACUGGACAGAGUCUAUUAGACUGUGUUUACGCUGUGACAUGAAACGGAGAUUCAAGGACAAGGCUGGGAGCCUACGUGUCCUCCGGCCACGUCGGGGAUGCUUAGGAAUCAGUAUUCAUGACAGCAAGCUCUCCUAUUUUGAUUUCCUGAGAGCAAUUGAUGAUGGCAGAGCAUCUAAAUACCAACAGAGACAAAAGCAGGCUGCACCACCUGCAAGCUUUGCAGCGCUCAGCUUAGAACAGACCCUAAUUAAGAUAAAAGAAAUAGUUGCAUCAUCUUACGAUUUGUUGUACAAGGCAUUUUCUCUAUUUGGUAAAGAAGACACUGGAGUAAUUAAAGCACUGGAAUUUUGGCAAGUACUUGACCAUUUCUGCUUUAAAUUAUCAGUCAAGCGGUUCAGACACCUUCUCAAGAACCUUAAUCUUUGUGAGGACUUGACAGUAGACUGGAAAGCUUUCCUGAAAAACAUAAACCACCUCAUAGUGACUGAGGAAGGGCAAAAAGUCAUUCCACCUAAAUCUGCUUGGGAGCUGUCAGAGAGAGGCAUCCUCUCACAGGUACAAGAACUAGUGACUGCUGGCUUUAAGGCAAUUGCACAAGAGUUGAAACAUAUUGACUCUUCAAAAGAUAAUACAGUAUCAAAAGAAGAGUUCUGGGAUAUAUGUAACUGACAUUCUCAUCAGCUGACUGAAGAACAAUUUGAAAAUCUUUGGAACACAGUGGAUGUCAGCACUGGUGGACGGUUGAAGUAUCAGGACUUUUUGAAGAAGUUCAGCUCAGAACUUGUAACAACGCUGUCCAGCACUCCCAGUGCAACUAGUUCUGCAACUUCUACCAAGCCAGCUACCCAUGCCGUGCAGGACCCAUGCAUGUCUCCUCAGCCUGAACGCCCCAAGACAUCAUCUUCUCUAGUAGGGCAAAAGAGUAUAGCAACAUCCAGUCAUCCUCAGACAACAACAACUUGUUCUGCAUCUGUCCUUACCUGCAAAACCAUAGACAAUAAGAUAAGAAAGAACAUCCUACAUUCCUGGAGAGGCAUACUGGAAGCAUGCAAAUAGAAGGAUGUCGGCAAGCUAGGAGAAAUCCCAGUGUCAGACUUCUUAGAUAUAGCAGAGAAGUCCAAUUUGGAUUUAAAUGAAGGGGAAAUUAACCACAUAACAACAAAAUAUGAUUUCAAGAAAAAUGGAAGAUUUGCAUACUAUGACUUCCUUCAGAGUAGUAUCUUGUUGUUAAAACCACAGGAAAGCUCACUGCUACAGAGGGUGAUUAUACAGAAGCCACAAAAGCCACUGAGUCUUGGACCACAAACCACAUCAUUCCUCAGCGCAAUGCUGAGAAUUCAGCCCCAGAUCCUGCACUGCUGGCGACCAAUGAAGCGAACUUUUAAAUCCUAUGAUGAAAGUCAUACUGGACUGUUAAAUAUUGCAGAUUUCAGACAAGUUCUUGGUGAGUACAGCAUCACCCUAACUGAAGAGGAGUUAUUCAACGUUUUGGAAUACUAUGAUAAAACUUUGUCUUCAAAAAUAUCCUAUAAUGAUUUUCUCCGGGCAUUCGUACAGUAGGAUUUGGUCAAAUGCAGGAAACUGUAGAUAAAGACAGUGACUGAUUUAUAAUUUCAAAUUUCAAACUAAUAAAUUAAUUGAGUAUGGCUUUUUUGUAUCUAUUCAUUAGAAAACUCAAAAUACUUUAAAAUUCUGACAGUGGUCCUGUGUUGUGGAUUAAAUCUACAUAGUGAGGGAAUUAAUUUUGCAUAAUCCAUUUAUCAAAAAAGAAAAAGACAACAAUUAACACUAUC